CGCACGAACACUUUGCAUAUCCUAGGAGCUCAGUCUGUCAUCUACUAGCUGCUUCCUCUUUGCUUCUGAAGAACCCAAGCAGGUAUGGCUGCCAAGGCGACCCUCGUCUGCUUCAUGGUCAUGGCCCUCGCGGCAGCGCUGCUGGCGGCGCCGGGCGCGGUGGAGGCGGCGACGUGCAGCCCGACGCAGCUGACCCCGUGCGCGCCGGCCAUCAUCGGGAACGCGGCGCCGAGCGCGGCGUGCUGCGGGAAGCUCAAGGCGCACCCGGCGAGCUGCCUGUGCAAGUACAAGAAGGACCCCAACCUGCAGCGCUACGUCAACUCCCCCAACGGCAAGAAGGUCUUCGCCGCGUGCAAGCUGCGCCUGCCAAGCUGCUGAGCGAUCGACCCGUGAGCUCCAUGCAUCCAUCUCCAUCUCGUUUUGCACGUACGCUACGUGCGGUGUGGGAGUGUGGCAUGGCAUGGCUUUGUGAUGUCACUUGAGGGCGUGAGGUAAUAAUAAAUCGUACGAGAGUGUUAUAUUACGUAUAAAGAGAGAGUGGAAAUAAAUCACGCUGAUCGAUCGAUCGGUCAUGUACUCUCUGUGGUAUGGACCGAGUUGCCUCGACUUGUGUUAUGUCAGUGUGAGUGUGACGAUCAUGUACUCUGUGUGGCACCAUAUGGUUGUACCAGCUAUAAAUAUCCUGUUCUAAUGUCUUGCAUA